GAGAGAGGGAGGGAGGGAGGGAGGGAGGGAGAGAGAGAGAGAGAGUGUCAGAAGGACGGGGGAAGACUCGCGUGUUCACCGUGCAGCCCUCUGCGUCCGCACCGUUCGCCUCGUUUACUCCACUGCGCGUUACGGACACAGCAAGCCGAGCAACGCGCUCUUGACGGGAAUCGGAAUACACCACACUGCGCCUCUGUAGCGACAGACCGUGGCUGAGCCCGGGAGCCCAUCUAUCACCACACCUCCAUCGCGUUCGGUGGUACGCCUGAGCCAGGGAUACACUUUGUGUGCUUCGUGUCCUCCUCAUCACAGAACAAGUGUCUCCGUGAAUCGCCUGCCACCCAAUUUGGACGACUUAUCCCUCGACGCCAGUCGUGUUUGUGGCUGUCGACCCAGCCGAUGCCCGUCGCAUUGAUUCUGGAUUCUUUCAUUCACCUUUGGAUUAUUUAGAAGAGCUGCCGUAACAUUGAAUUGAUAUUGGAUACGCUGCAGAAGGAGGAUGGGGAUGAGGGUGUAGCGCUGCCUGGAAUGCCCCAGACCACGUGCCCGCCCGGCACCAUGUUCACCCCCCCCAGUGGGUUCAGCCCCCACCUGGCCGGCACUGAGCCCGGGGAGGAGGAGGAGGCCCCCCAGGAGGGCCCGGUGCCUGGGGCCUGCAUGGCCGACGGGCCCCUCAUCACCUCCGCCUCCCUGGAGACCCUCAUCCAGAACCUCGUGCCCACCGCCGACUACUACCCCGAGAAACCCUACGUGUUCACCUUCCUGCUGAGCGCUCGGCUCUUCAUCCCCCCUCCCGAGCUGCUAUCCAGGGUGUGUGAGCUGUGCAUCAAGCAGCAGCAGCUGGACCAAAGCCCGCUGGACGCGGCCAAGGUCCGGAAGUUUGGCCCCAAGCUCCUGCAGCUGCUGAAGGAGUGGACCGAGACGUUCCCCUCGGACUUCAGGGAGGAGAAGAUGGUGGGACACCUGGAGGACCUCAUUCACAGGAUAGCCCCCUGCGAUGAGGCCUACUGGAAGACCAUGAACCAGGUGCUGCAGAAGCUCAACCAGAAGCUGGCGCUGAUGAGCCAGGGAGAGGACAGCGUGGUGCGCCUCUCCCUCACCGCCUCCUCCAUCUCCGACAAGCUGGCCUCCUUCAAGGCCAAGCCCCCGCCCAUCCAGAAGGACAUGCUGGCCAUCUGCAACGACCCCUACACGCUGGCACAGCAGCUCACCCACGUAGAGCUGGAACACCUUGGUCACAUCGGACCGGAGGAGUUCGUCCAGGCUUUCGUUCAGAAAGACCCACUAGACACCACGCAGCCUUGCUUCAGCGACCACAAGAAGACGUCUAACCUGGAGGCCUACGUCAGGUGGUUCAACAGACUGUGCUACCUGGUGGCGACUGAGAUAUGCAUGCCGGGCAAGAAGAAGCAGAGGGCCCAGGUGAUAGAGUUCUUCAUCGACGUCGCCAGGGAAUGCUUCAACAUCGGAAACUUUAACUCCCUAAUGGCCAUCAUAUCUGGUAUGAACAUGAGUCCGGUGUCGCGGCUGAAGAAGACCUGGGGGAAAGCCAAAACUGCAAAGUUCUUCAUCUUGGAGCAUCAGAUGGAUCCCACCGGAAACUUCUACAACUACAGAACAGCUCUCCGGGGAGCCGCCCACCGCUCGCAGACAGCUAACAGCAGCAGAGAGAGAAUUGUGAUUCCUUUCUUCAGCCUGCUGAUCAAAGACAUUUACUUCCUCAACGAGGGAUGCGCCAAUCGCCUUCCCAAUGGUCAUGUCAACUUUGAGAAAUUUGUGGAGCUGGCGAGGCAGGUUGGAGAAUUCAUGACCUGGAAACAAGUGGAGUGUCCAUUUGAGCAAGACCGGACCAUCCUGCACUACCUCCACACGGCCCCUAUCUUCAGCGAGGAUGGGCUCUACUUGGCCUCAUAUGAGAGUGAGAGUCCAGAGAACCAGGUGGAGAAGGACAGGUGGAAAGCACUCAGGUCCAAUGUUCUCGGCAAGACAUGAGGUCCCGACGCUGGCGAAGUCCCUCUGACCGGAGAGGGAGUGUCUGUACGCACUGCACUGAGUUGAAAUGGGAAGGAACCUAGCUGGUACUCGGUUUCUUUGUAUUUCUAGCAGAAAAAAUAAGAAAGGAAAAAGGGAUGAGCCGGAUUCAUCAAGGAUACAAACCACAAAAAAAGACAACGAUUUGAAGAUUGGAUCGUAGACAAUGUAAAGCUAGAGUAAACAUGGAGUAAACAUGCCUGUGCAGUGAAUUAACUCGUCAUGGAUGGUAACCGUGUAUUUGUAAUGGGAGGGCCACAUUUCCCUGAAACCUAAAUGUGUGUGUACUCUGUGGAGAUUAAUAACAGAGAAUAAUAUUACAGGGAAAAACUACUUUUUCAAACAAAAUUCCUACUGACUUAUUGAUGUAUAUUGUUUUGUAUAUUCUCCAUGGCACCCCCACCUCUCUCUCUCUACCUGACUCUGUACUCCUUUAAGACCUCUAGCCUUGUAUUUUGUUUUUUUAAUUGCACUGUACUGUAUAAAAGAUAAUGUGAAGGGCGCUGGCUAGCCCAAAGCAGCUGCCAAAAUUCAAGGUAAUGGAAGGAAUUGAGUCCUGAAUAUCUGGGGUAUAGACAUUAAAGGAUUCUUUGCAUUUUAAGACUCCAUCAAAAUAUCAUUUCUCUUGCAUGUCUUAAAUCAUGUAUGUAUGUGUGAGUGAGAGUAUAGAGGAAACCAGAGAAUGGGUUGCCAUUUUCUCUCUGUUCGAAAUUCCCUGAAGAGUGGUUGUACGUGUGUACAUGUUUACCUCUUCAUUAGUACCUGUAUCGUGUAUUGUGCCAUUGAAACAUCAGUCAAACAGACUACAGUUGGAGCCCAGUCAGCCAUUGGUUAGGUACAGAAAAAUUCCAUCGCUUCAUGGUGUUCGUCAUCCUUUCUGCAACUCAGAAAGUUCUUCUCUUGACUGACAUUCAGUUGUCUGCUGUAUUAAUGGAGAUUUCUGUGGUGACAGAUGUAUAGUUUUUAAUCUGUUUUGUUUUAUGGAUAUGAAGAAAAUUACCAUGGCAUGCAGCAAAAGACUGAUUUUAAAGGGGUGGUACACGUCUCGGCCCUGAAGUAUUGAUUAGGCUUUAACUACUGGAAGAAAAACAAGCAUCAUUGGGUUGAUGAACAACGUGACAAUGUGGAGGGUUUAUAAGUAUGGGUACUGCUAUGUUUGAUUUAGGUGGAAAGGAAUCUGCGACCGAGAAAGGCGUACCCUGUAAUACACUGGUUGUAAUGACACUUCAGGCUACUCUCACUUGAAAAGUGCGGUCGUUUCGUGGGUUUGUCGUUGAACUUUUCUUUUUUGCAGGUUAGAUGGGAUUGAUGAGGGUCGGAGUGUGUGUGCGUCGGGGUAUUUAUGAACUUUGAACAAACAUGUCUGAUUUCAUUUUUCUAUAAUUCCUUUUCGAUGUCAGUGUUAAAAGGUUGCGUUUGUUUUUUUACUUCUGAACUCUUUAUUUAUGAACUUGAUUUCUCUGUAACACAUUCCUCAGUUAAUAAGCCUAUAGAAGUAGAGUGGUGACUUUGUUAAACCCGCAGUUUGAGGUGAAGACAUGUUUCAAUAAAUGAUUUCCCAUCUUCAACAAA